AUGGAUGAUGAUGAAUUCGUCAGUUAUGUGUUGGAUGGACUUGGGCUUGCAUACAAGGAGUUAGCCACCACACUUCACCUACAUCCAGAUAUUGGUUUCGACCGAUUUUAUGACCUUGCUUUACGAGAAGAACACUUACAGAAACGCAUGUCACUUACCGUGGCUUCUGAUGUUGCUAUGGCUGCUGAUCGAACACCUAACGAGCGUCAUCCAAACUCCAAUUAUGCUGGUCGCAGUCACAACCACUAUUACAGCUCUGGAAGAGGACGUAGGCGUGGCAGAAGUUGGCAUUAA